AUGGCUGCUGUGGCAAUCACUACUGUGCUGCUUCUUUUGUCUUUUUCAGUAAAUUCACAGAAAGAGAAUACAGGAAGGAUCAUCGGGGGUCAGGAGGUCGAACCAUACUCUAUCAAAUACCAGGCAUCCCUUCAGACUGAGGUCGGGGAUCACUAUUGUGGAGCCACGCUAGUUCACCCAGAGUGGGUGGUAUCUGCUGCCCACUGCUGGAGACCGAGUAAUUUUAUGAGGGUUGUGCUAUGUGAGCACAGCCUGAUCAAAACAGAGGGAUUUGAACAGAUCUUCAAUGUCUCAAAGAUAUAUGUACACAAUUAUAAUUUCAGGACAUAUGAGAAUGACAUCAUGCUUAUUAAGCUUAGCAGACCAGCACAGCUGAAUGCUUAUGUUCAGCCAGUUCUGAUACCUGAUGAAGGUACCCCUCCCUUUAGUGGCACCUGCAUAGUGAGUGGCUGGGGAGUGACACAGGUUUACAGUUACACCCUCUCCCCUGUGCUACGUGCUGUGGAUGUAAGAGAAAUACCUUAUUGCACUUGGUAUUACUGGGGCAGGAUCAAACCAGGUAUGCUUUGUGCUGGAUCUCCAUACGGGGGAAAGGACUCUUGCCAGGGCGACUCCGGGGGCCCCCUUGUCUGCAAUGGCUACUUUGAGGGCAUUGUCUCCUGGGGUAUUGGCUGUGCAAAUCAGUACUACCCUGGUGUCUACACCAGAGUCAGGAGCUAUAUUCAGUGGAUUAACUGGGUUAUUGACAACACACCCUGA